CUUGUGCCAUUCGACAAGAAGAAAGGAAAACCGCAGAAGCAGGAAAACGAAAUUCCAUUGAAUCAAUUUUCAGGACUGGAAGCAAUGCUGCUGGCAUCGCUCUUUCAAUGCUAUCUUCUGCUCUGAAAGGAGAAAAUGAAAGAACAUAAACCCUAAAUCUGAAGAAAUACCCUCAACCCGAUCUACUGAAUAAAGCUUUUUGUUUCGCUCAAAAGCAUUUCUGUGUAUAAGAGAAAGAACUGAGCACUCUACAAUAUUUCACUUUCCCACUGAUUGGACCGUGAUAAGUACUCUUCCGCGGUCGUUGUCGCGCAAUUAUCGAAUCCAGACUUUCUUUUUCUCGCUGAACUCGUGGACAUGACCUGAUGGCGGACUCUGAAUGCAGCCUGAUCACCAAUCAUUUUACUGUGGUCACACCGGUCGGUGGCUGAAAACGAAAAUGGGUAAUACUUGCUCUUGGAUGCUUGCGUCGCCGCCACAAGAAGAUCACCCGGCGAGCAUUCGGGAUUUGGAGACCGGUCUACUUCAUCAACCAGAGGGAUCUUCGCAAGAAGUUUUUAUGGACAACUUCGUGCCCUCGAGCAUUUUCAAGAGCGCCCCGAAUAACUUGUGUGGCCGCCACUCCGGGCCACGUGGUGCUGCUCCCACUUGUUUGCCACAGCAACAAAAGUCCUUCGCUCCCGGCGCAGAUGAUUACGAUACGUGCUUCCCGCACAAAUCGCAGCACUCCAGCUCAUCUAGUGUGGAAGCAAUGUGGAACUGGAGUCCAUUUGAUGUAUGGCAGGAAGCUGCCAAGGCAGCGCACGACAGGGAACCGGCAGCAAUCGACGGAAAGAGCCUCUUAUCGGCUUCGAAGAAUGAUCAAGGACCAGGCCACGGCGACUUUCACCAUCAACGUUUGGCUGCACCCAUUCCGAAAUCGGCUAGUGGAAAGUGUUCCCAGAAUGCGCCGGGCAAUGGCGUUUGCCAGCAGGAGCUGCAGUACGACGCUUGCACUGACAAUAUUUCCUCUGCAAGUACGCAUGGAAUUGGAAUUAUCUCAGCUAUUGAGCUUCCCACGAAAAUCGAACCUGUAGCAGCAUCCUCGUUGCCCUCGACCUCUCUGCCCGGGCUAAAUGUCGCCAGCCACGAUACGAUCGUCGCUGCGACAGCGGACGAGAGUGCGGCUUGUUGGAAUGACACCAUCAGCAGUGCUCCCACACCAACAACCUGCGCAAGUUGCGGUGAGCCUCAUGAAAGGGAAUCCGCUCCUUUUCGCUUUCGCAACGCAGAUAUGGUUGUUGAAGUGGACAACCACGAGCAGGCUAAGAUAGAAGAGGAAUUUUUGAAGCAGACCCACACUGCGGAUACCACGGAUAUUUUGAAUCCGGCGCACACGCAGGAUGACCUAAACAUGCCGGAGCAGCAGCAGACUCAGAUGGUCCAGCAGCGAUUCGCACCUGUCGAAAAUCCGCAAGAACUAGUCAAGGACGAAAACCUAUUCGUGCAUGAUCAAACUGAAACUUCUGUUUGGGCCGCCCUCGAAGAAGAGCCUUGUUCUGUGAUGUCGGCUGAUGACGGGAAUGUCGCAUACUUGGCGGAAGCGACUGCGGCUUGUGGAAUCAGCGGCGCGACUUCCGUCUGGGCUGGUGGAGACGAUCCACAGGCGCGCGCAUCGGCUGGCGGACGUGGCGGUGCGGACUCCGAUACGACGAAGCGCUCUAGAUCGGGGAAGCGGAAGUCUAGUCGUGGCUGUGACGGGGGGAAAGGCGUAUGUGACAAGCGCUGCCGGAAAUCUACUUCCCCAUAUGAGAGAAAUGAAACGCCGACGCAAACUCCAUUUCCCAGAUGUCGCAGUCCUGUGAAGACGUAUGCUGGUGCACUACAGAAUCAGGGCCAGAACAACGGCAAUCAAAACAGUACAGAAGCGGAUACAAAUCAUGAAGCCGAAAAAACAACAGCACGCCCCAAGGAUACCUUUAGCAGAGUAAAUGUCGAACACAGCUUUGAGGAGCUUGUGCAGGAAAUCUGCACUAGAUACAAACACAGCGGCUGGGGAAUUCUACCCGCUCACGGCAUCAACGUCGGGUUUGGCGGCCCGCCUGGCCAGGUGGCGCGCCAGGAGGUGGGUGCCAGAGACGCACUCGCGUGGCUUCGGUCUGGGCAGUUUUGGAAUCAUCGCAAGUGGCGAAAUGAAAUUGCCGCUACCACACAGGCGGCUGCGGAGAAUGGCGGUUAUUGUCUUUAUCAAAAACCCUUCGUUCAUCUCAAAGCGAAGCGCGAAGCGAUGCUGUUUGGCACAUCGAUUCAUGAUCACAAGGAGGUCGGGAAGAAAAUGAAAAAACCAAAACGCACUUGGACAGGCGACAAUCCGGUGGUCGAAUGGCAAGAGUUGAACCUUGUUACGGACUGCAUUUGGAAGCAUGAUGAGUCGAGGGAUGGGGCACUCGGUGUCGUGAAUGCGGGCAAUCGUUUCAGUCCCGGUGGGGGGUUCGCUACUGGAGGCCGGCAUGCGUUGGAGGAGGCGUUGUGUGUGCAGUCGACGCUUUACUCCGGCCUGGUCCGAGCGCACCAGAUCUUGGACAAAGAAUUCCAGCAACCCGCGCUCGGACACUUUCAAGUAAUUUGCACGCCGGAUGUUCAGUUUUUUCGGUCUGGGCCCCACUACAUGUUCGCAUUGGAACCGAGAACUGCAACGGUUUUCACGUUGGCCAUGUACAACCGCAAUCGCUUCGUGAACGGGCAGCCUCGCGACGUGCCGGAGAAUUACAAUGAGUAUAUGAAAGGCGUCAAGAAGAAAUUCUGGACUCUCUUCCAAACAGUUGAGGACAGCGAAAGUGUGCAGACAUUGGUAAUGUGCGAUAUCGGGUGCGGAGUGUACGAAAAUUCUCCGGGCUGCGUUGGGGAUUGCCUCGGGCACGUGAUUGCAAGUUUUCCGUUCAAUCGGAUACAAAAGAUUCUUCUCACCGGCGACAAAAAGUUUUUCAAUGCCGUCUGUAAGCAUGCUCAGCAUGGCUGACGUGUGCGAAUUGAUUGUAUAGCAAAACCUCUUACGAAGGCUGUUGAUAUGACCAGCAUUACCAGUAGCUUCCACGAAACUCAUUAUGACUUCCACUUCCCUUUCCAUCACUGCCAUCAAUAUAAUUAUUCGUGAAGUUGAUGGAGUUACUUGUUGAUACUCAGCGAAAGAUUGCGUUGAAACCCACUCGUAAAAAUCGUGUAGGAUAUAGUUAUAGAAUCAAUUCAUUCACUGCUUUAUCACUUCUGAGCACUCACCUUGAUUUGCAAUAGCGUCCUUGGACCCAUGCAAAUGAUAUUUAGAACAAGAUUGUCGCUCUUAACAGACUUGAACUCUGAAUGCUGAUGCUGUUUCCGCCAGACCAAGAUGCCGCGUUGUUAGAAAGAGGCAAAUAUGAAUGCGCGUGGAAUCAACGAAGAU